ACCGUCAUCCGCAAAGGCGGCGGCGAGCAAUGGGAAGACAACACCCUCCUCGACUGGGACCCCACCCACUUCCGCCUCAUGGUCGGCAACCUCGCGGGCGAAGUCACCGACGACUCCCUCGCCAAAGCCUUCGCCUCCUACGGCGUCUCCAAGGCCCGCGUCGUCCGCGACAAACGCACCACCAAAUCGAAGGGGUUCGGGUUCGUGUCGUUCUUCGAUGGCGAGCAAGGCUUCCGUGCCGCGAGGGAGAUGGUGGGGAAGUAUAUUGGUAGUCAUCCUGUUACCAUUCAGAGGAGUAAGACGGAUUUGAGGCCGGUGGUGCAGAAGAAUGAUCGG